CUCUGCGCCAACAUCGCUAUGCUGCGCCGACCGUACGCUACGUAACCGCCGAUCAGCAGUGACAUGCGCGCGAUCUGUCGCCGAUCGCUGGUUGUACGCUUUUUUGCGCGUUCGUUCGUUCGGCCCUAAGAUCUAGUGCGCCGCGCAAAGACAAUCGCCCUUCGAACUGUGCAAUUGACAUUUUGACGCGAGUGCAUCUUCCGUCUAUGACUUGGAGUGGCGCGAUUGACGCGGAACUGUCUCGAGUGGUUAUUGCCGGCCGGGGGAUUGAUUGGUGACAGGUGCCGACGGUGACGGAUCGAAGCUGUCAAAUAAGUCCCGAGCUGGGGGUUUGCCGCCACUGCAGAUGGGAGUGUUUGAAGAGAGGCCUUCUUACACCCCCGGGAUGCAUUGGCAGCAGCACGAGCAGUACAUUGGCCCGGUGUACGACCCGUCUCGCGACCUCUCCCCCAACCUGCCCUCCUGCGACUCCUCCAUGGGCGAUCCCGAGCGCAGCCUCUCCAGCGGUAGCUCCUGCAGCACUCCCUCCAACAACAACCACCAGUCGUGCGGCUCCGACGCUUGUCGACAGCCGUGCGGCUCUAGCCACCAGCCGUGCGGCCCUAGCCACCAGUCGUGCGGCUCUAGCCACCAGUCGUGCGGUUCGGACGUGUGCCGACAGCCGCACGUCUCCAGUCACCAGCCGGCACAGCACUUACCGUCUCGGUCCCUAACCCCCGCUGAUCUCUGCAGGCCGCACUCCUCCUUCGAGCAGCACAUACCAAAGAUAGAGCCGCUGCAGUCGAAUACUCCGCCUGCGUCGCCCUGCUUGGAGGAUAGCGGGGGUGCGAUGUGCGCGGGGUGCGGAAUGAGGAUAGCGGACAGGUUUUACUUGCAGGCGGUGGAGAGGAGGUGGCACACCAGCUGUCUGCAGUGUUGCCAGUGCAGGAAGACGCUGGACGGGGAUAUCACUUGCUUUUCGAGGGACGGGAAUAUUUACUGCAAGAAGGAUUAUUAUAGGAUAUUCGGUAUGCGCAGGUGCGCACGGUGUCAGGCGACCAUUUUGUCGUCAGAACUCGUGAUGCGUGCCAAGGAUCUCGUCUUCCACGUGCACUGCUUCUCCUGCGAGGUGUGCAAUGCCAUCUUAACCAAGGGCAACCAGUUUGGCAUGCGCAACGGCUCCGUCCUCUGCCACCUGCACUUCGAGGUCCCGCCCGCGGGCGGCCCGCUCGACCCUUACCCGCCCCUCGGUCUGCCGCCCCACGCCUACCCGCCGCCCUUCCCCUCGCCCGACUUCCGCGCCCACGCGCCGCUGCUGCCCGCCGGCGAGCCGAUGGGCAAGGUGCCGCCCUUCUUCAACGGUGCGCCCACCGCACCGAGGCAGAAGGGGCGACCGCGGAAGAGGAAGCCGAAGGACCUCGAAGGUAUGACCGCCAGUCUAGACCUAAAUUCGGACUACCUCGACAUGUCCUUCGGUAGGUCGCCUGGCACACCAGGACUGCACGGUUCCAGCCAAAGGACGAAAAGGAUGCGAACGUCCUUCAAGCAUCAUCAGCUGCGAACGAUGAAGUCCUAUUUCGCGAUAAAUCACAAUCCUGACGCGAAGGACCUCAAACAACUAUCUCAGAAGACUGGUCUCCCGAAGAGGGUUCUACAGGUGUGGUUCCAGAACGCGCGAGCGAAAUGGCGGCGCAUGAUGCUGAAGCAGGAAGGCAAGUCUGGCGGCGACAAAUGCUCCGGCGCGGACAGCAUCAGCGACAUGGACCUCUACCCGCACGGCCCCGCUUCCAUGGGCAGUACCAUAUCCAUGAACCCGCACAGCCCGCCCUUUAUGAUGCCCUCGGGCAGCCCUUCGUCGUUGGACUGCUCGUGAGGCAGGGCUCGCGAGAGAGACUCGAGUGAAUUCGAGGUGAAGGCUGUCAGUGUCAGUUGUUGGCGGUGAUUGCCGCAGAGGCACUGGAUUCGUGUAUCGUGUAUAGGGUGAAGAUUUUGAAUUAUCCAUUUUUUCGAAUAAUCUGGAAAUAAAAGGGACAUCCAAUAACAGAAGAAUAGGCUACUGAACUGAUAUUGAAUUCUUCUCAUUCGAUAGAGUCACUGUAUUGUUACAGACCCCAACAGACUUUUCAUACCAUUCCAAUGUAACCGCUAUCAAUUUUGACAUCAGCUGUUAAUAUUGCUACGCCAACCUCGCCAAAAGUGUGCAUAACUCGGUCCCAACACGUUGAAAAGUCUCAAAUUAAAGUAGAAUUGUUUGGAAGAUGUCGCACACGAUUUCAUAAUCAUUCAAAAUAUCCCUCGAAUACUACUACUACUAGGAAUUUAUAUAUCUACAAUUGAACGGAGUGCACCUUUCCAUCACAUGGAAGAAUGGCAUAGCAGUGUAUAAUUUGUAUCAUUGCAUUUUAUGAGUACCAUAUAUCGGCUAUCGGCGAAACUUAACCACAGGCUAUGUGAACAUACAUUCGGUGAAUAUCCAUCGGUAACUUGGCAACUGUGCACUAUGCUUUCUAACUACGAGCUGCAAGAUGCGAAGAGAUGUAGCCACACUGAAUUUUGUUCGGUUUUGAUUAAAACGUCAUAAUAUUAUGUCUCAAACACUUAUACACCUCAUAGAAUUAGUGCAAUAAAUCUUGCCUACACGUUGCCAGGUCGCAAGUUAUAGUAGAGCUGUUUGGAGUUUGUUGUUCACGAGUAUAAUCAUUCGAAAUAUCCAUGGUAGUUUUCACUAGUCGACCAUUCAACGAAAUGGACAGUUUCAUCUCAUUCAAGAAUGACAUGACAAUGUGUCCUUAUAUCUGCAAAACCAAACUACAGGAUAUGUGAACAAACAUUCAGUAAUUAUCCGUUAGUGUCGUGGCAAAUGCGCUCUGUGCUGUCUCACUACAAAGUACGAGAUGCGAAGCGAUGUUGCCAUAUAUGAAUUCACACUUCUGUCCUAUACAGUCAAUCAAAUGUAAUCCUUUAUAAAUCUUCAGUCUUCAGAGACUGUGAUUCCAUUCGUAAUUUUGAAACCUGAUAACCAUUCAGAAAAUCCUCGAAAAAUAGUGGAAUCAAAAGAAUCGGUGUGGAUAUUGAAAAUAAAAUAUUUCAAAAAGAAAUCAGUUCACUAGCCCAUUUUUACAUAAUGCGAAGAUAUAGGUAUAAAAUAUACGAUCUGACUUCAGGAAGAAUGAACAUUACUUUUUGUUAUACCGCAUAAUAUUGUGAUAAUACAUUUUGGAUGUCAUUCUCAACAUUUGAGGGUAUUGAAAUAGAAAUUGACAUCCUAGCCCUUUUGAUAUCACCAAUAAUCGAAUUGGUAUCUCAAGUAGUUUUCAAGAGAUAUUUUGGCCGGAACAUCAUAGGCUAUUAUUUAUACAGGGUAUCUCCUGAAAAUUGGUACUUUCGAAAUCAUCUGAUUCGGAUUUCUGUUAUAUCAAAUCUUCUGUAAUGGUUGAACAAAUGAAAUGCGAUUCAUAUGGACGGUUGGAAUCAUGCAUGAAAAAGGACCCAUACAUGGUGAAGAUUUUGAAUUCCAUAUUUCCCAUUAUGUAACUCAACUGGCCAGCAGAAGUUUUCUGAAAAUAUUAAGAUGAAUUCAAUCAUAUGAAAGCAUUUCUAUGGUAUGUGGACGUACAAAGAAACAAUCAAAAUUACUGUGUGAAAUGGUGUGUAGUUAAUCUUUGGUAGAAGUCCAUAUUGCUCAAAGUGGAGUGAAAUUUUUCAAAGGAAGGAAGGCAUGCUCGAAGUCAUCUCCACAAAUUAUAAUGGUGUUGUUACACAAUCAUAACGGACAUAUUUCCGUCUUAUGAAAGUUCAGAUUUAAACACGUGCUGGCUGUUCGUCCCAUCAAUUUUAUUGAUAUUAUCUUUCAGAAGCGCUUUUAUAAGGGCACGGGGAACCCCUUCUUUAAAAAACAAGUUGAUUUAUGGUGUUAUCAACCUUUUAGCAAUUAUCCUCCAUAUACCAUUUUGGUAUAUAUGGAAUUUCAAUGAGAUGAAUGGUAUGCGCUCUCAGGGCACGAGGCCCUUCAUUCAUGGAGAACCCGUUUUUUCACUCAUAAACUGGAUUUUUCUACUAUAUGGGCAUUGCCAACAGGUCCACAAGUAAGCAUCAUAAACUCAACUUCAAAACUUCCAAUACCUAAGGCUGAAGAUGGUCUUUUAUGAGACCGAAACAUGUCCCUUAUGAUUUUUUUAACAACACCAUCAAAAUUUGUGGAAAUGACUCCGAGCAUUCCUGCCUUAUUUGAUGGUGUAUUUGGUUCAAAAUGGAAUUCUGGUGGUACCCAUAAUGCAUUUCACGAGGUACAGUUUAUCCAAAAACAAUUGCCGCACCUGCUGUCACUACAAAGGGAACUUCAAACACGCCGACGCUGCACGAUGCGGGAUAUUCUGCAAUUGAUAUUGAAUAUAAUUCCUCCUCUCAAUCUCACACUUCGUUAAACGUUGCUUUAAACUGUGUAUGGAAGAAUCGCGAGUAUUGAAUUCAAAGUUGUCACCUAGUAAGUACCUACCUGGUACCACCAUUUCGUUUAUAUAGGUGAUUGAUGAAAGUAUUAUUGGUCUCAAAAUUGAGAGGCAAUUCAGUGAGACAUGAAUUUUUCGAAUAAUGUUUGGUGUACCAGAGAUUCGAGUCCGUUUACUCAUAGUUCUGUAUAGAUACAGAGUAUCGAUCAAUAUUUUGAUCUGGGUAUAUGACUGAAACUGAAACUCGCCGUAAUUCAUUCAACACCAAAAGUUAAGGCUUAAAAUUAUGUUGAAAAAACGGUAGUAUUAACGGCGCCCCAAUAAUACUAUAUAGACCAUUUUUGUUGUUCCAUAAGGUCUCUUCGUUUGUGUUGAUGAACUUGUUAAAGUUCAUUUUGUUCCCAUAGAUGUCUCUGUUCAUAGCAUAAUGUAAACAGGAAAAGUCGUAGGAAAAAAUCAAGCUCAGCAGGUAGAGCAAACACAAACGAACAGGCCUAUAUUGUUCGAAUUCUAAUAAGAUGAAAGUUGUUACACUUGUGAAUUUGAUAAUUUUUGUCGGUCCACAACGUUUUUUGUACCUAAGCAAUGUAAAAUAUAAUUUUAUGUUGUCAAUAUGAUUCCAGUAAAAAUGUUCCUAUAUUGUUAGUAACAUUAAGUUGCACAGUCGCAUCAGAGUUUUAUAGUAGGAUACACAAGAUUCUCACACAUAUAUUUAUUUCAUUUAUUCAUCAGGCGUCUGACGUCUUCCAAAACGAGGAAACAGUUUGCCUCAUCUCUAUUAGGUCAAGCUGAUGAAACAACAUGAGUAAAAUAAGUGCUCUUUCGUAGCCCAUUUGUUCCUAUAUCAGAAAAUUUAUUUGAUGACAGCUUGAAAAUAUUUAAUCGUUUUACUAGGCAGGAAAAAAUUAGAUAUCCGUGUGAAACAUAUAACUAUUUCUCCUAUGUUAUAAAACCAAUUUUGUGUUAUUUUUUCAUCAUCAUGUUGUGUUCAUCCAAUGUCAAUGUCAAUUUUGAUUACCAAUUUCAUUCAAAUUACUUGGAACGUUGCAUACGAACUAUUCUGCUUAGCAUGAGAAAGUACAUCUUUCCAUCCUGUUAACUGUCAAGGAAAGCCACUUUUCUUGCCUAUUAGAGAAAAAAGUCAUUCAUAAUAUCAUCUUGAUCCAGAUCCAUUAGCGGUCUAGAUAGUAGAUUUGUCACAUCCUGGCUUUGCACAUUUUGACCGUAAACUAUAAUAUAUAGUAUUAAUUUGUCUCGUACUUGAGAUCCGGAACUAUAUAACGUGACAAUCGUUUCGAAAUUCUGCUAUGGAAAUAAAUUAGAAAUAAAAGAAUACGAAAUCAUGACAUUAUUUUUUUGGGUUUUCUCAUGUGGCCUUGAGAGCUUGAUAUAAUAUGUUUUCAUUGGAUAUAUCCAGAUAAACAUCAAACUUCUUCAACACGACAAGAUGUUUUAUUUUUUCUGAAAUUUCCAUUAUCUAUAUCAUAUAUUACUUCUUGAAUUUCUUGAGUAUUUGAAUGAAUGUACGAACAAUCUGUUUGUUCAACUUGGUUCAUUGUAUUGCAGACUUACAAAACAUCGAGAUGAUUUCAAUUAAUCAUAGCGUAUAAAGCUAUAUAAAAUAUUGAGUCAGAAACGUUGAAAGACUAAAUGAAUGAUGUGAAUUUCAUUCGACCUCAUGGUACUAUAAAAUUUCUGAAAUUAAUUGCUAGUAAUGAAUAAAAACAACUCGAACCAUUUGUUCGAUGAAUUUCACGGAAAUGUCAGUGCCUAUAGGUACGUGAAUGAAUUGUUAUAGAAAUAAUAGUAGCGGACUUUUCAUACUAUAACUUGAAGUACCAUUUUGAAAAAAUUCAGCUGAUGCUACUGUGAAGACAAACAUCAAAUCAAAUUUGUACAAAAAUGUCGAACAUACUAUACAAACACGAACUGUGAGAAAUUGAUCCAUCAUCAGAGGGACAUAAAAAGAACUUAAUAAACUAUUGGAAAUGUCUUCCUGCGAAUUGCCAAAAUUAUCUAUGCCUAUAUACAUACAUUCGUGUGCAGAAAAAGUCUUGAUAUACAAUAAUAUUUUCGAUAAGAAUGCGAGUAUGCAUUAGAGAUUUCAUGUAAAUAAUAAAAAUAUUAUCGUGUGUUCAGACCUUUUCUGAUGGACACUGUAAAAGUAAUAUGGGUUCAUUCAAUACAAAUUUGUAAAUAAUUUUGUCUAUACAUUUAUUAUACUUGAUAUUUAUGUUGUAGUGCUACCUGCAAGUUUAUUGUGAAUAAUGGUGGUAGCGCAUUCCUAUUAAUAAAUGAUCUUGAGAUAAAAA